GUCUCCGCUCCCAGAGGAGAAAAGCCUCGGCGGACUGGAGACAAACUUCUCUGCUGCUGCCCGGCAGGAAACUCAGCGGCUCGGCAUCAGGAUCUGAGUUUUUUCUGCUGUUUUGCAGAAUUUGUUCAGGUCAAACUGCAACUUUUCUAUUAUUUUUUUUUUUUUAUUCUUGGAUGAACUGACCCCCCCUCCCUCCCCCUCCCGGUCUCCGCUGCGGCUGAUGGGCGCCCCGCGGUGCAGAUGAUCCGGCUGUGAGCUCGGAGCUCCGUCCGCAGAGAAUGACAAAAUGAGGCUGGCGGUGUGGAUCCUCCUGCUGGCGGCGCGGAGCCACCGAGGGAUCUGUGGAGACGGUGUGUGGUUCACCAAGAACCCGACCAAUCAGACGGUGUCUCAGGGGAACCAGGCGCGGCUGGGCUGCGCCGUGCAGGGCGUCGGCGAGCCCGACAUCGUCUGGAGGAAAGACGGAGAGAAGCUCUACAGCACCGACCAGAUGUUCAUCAGCCUGGGAGAGCAGCACUGGGAGACCUACCACAGUGUGAAGUCGGUGCAGCAGCAGGAUGCAGGUCAGUACUGGUGUGAGGUCGAGUUCCACGGCCUCACCUUCUCCUCAGAACCUGCCUGGAUCACCGUGGAAGGCGUGCCUCACUUCGUCCAGGAGCCGCAGGACGUGGCCACGCUGCCCGCCGUGCCCUUCAACCUGACGUGUGCCGCCGUGGGGCCGCCGGAGCCCGUGGAGGUGCUGUGGUGGCUGGGGGGGGUGCAGGAGGGCGGCGUGCGCCCCUCCCCCUCCAUCCUGCACGUCCCAGGUGUGAACAGCAGUGUGAAGUUUUACUGUGAAGCGAAAAACGCCAGGGGAAUCUCAGUGUCGCGAACCGGCACGGUGCACAUCAAAGUGUUGCCGUCGGUGCCCGCUGGGUUACAGGUUCUGCGGAUGGUGGACAACAAUGUCACAUUGUCAUGGAAACCAGGUUUCAACGGUCACUCGGACCUGCUGACCUGCACCAUCCAGCUGUCGAGGCGCUCAGGAGGCAGGAGGGAGCAGCAGGUGCAGGUUCCUCCUCACCUGCAGGUUCUGUCCGGUCUGAGGAGUCACUGCAACUACAGCGCCAGGAUCUCCUGCGCCAACGAGGUGGGGGCGUCGCCCUUCUCCCCCUGGCUGCACUUCCAGACACCUGAGUCAGUGCCCUCGGCAGCUCCCAGGAACUUGACCUUUGACCUGUCGGAGCAGCAUCUGACGCUCAGGUGGGCGGGGCUUCAGGAGCACGAGCUGCAGGGGAAGCUGCUGGCCUACAAGGUGCAGUGGAGCCUGGGAGGAGAGGCACAGGAGGCUCUGCUGUUCAAGCAGAACGAGGCUCACCUGUCAGGAGCGGGAAGAUUCUUCAACGCCUCCUUCCAGGUGUCAGCCUGCACUGUGAUUGGCUGCGGCCCCUGGAGCCCGCCCCUGCUGCUGCUGCCCGCCGCCGCAGUGCAGGUCCCAGGUGGGCGGAGCCACAUGUGGGUGGGCCUCCUACUGGGUUUGCUGGUGGCGGCCAUGUUGGGUCUGUUCCUGUCGGCGCUGGUGCGUCGCCGCGGCAAAGAGACGCAGUUUGGCUCCGCCUUCAAACCUCCAGGAGCGGAGAGCUCGGUGUCGUUCACGGCCGCUCGCUCCUUCAACAGGAACUGUGUGGAGCUGCAGGAGUCCACCUUGGACAGUCUGGGCAUCAACGACGACCUGAAGGCCAAACUGCAGGACGUCCUGAUCCCAGAGAGACUGCUGACCCUGGGACACAUGCUGGGCAAAGGGGAGUUCGGCUCAGUCAGGGAAGCCUUCCUGAAGAUGGAGGACGCCUCCGUGCAGAAGGUGGCGGUCAAAGUGCUGAAAUCUGACAUCACUUCCUCCAGCGACAUCGAGCAGUGCCUGAAGGAGGCGGCGUACAUGAAGGACUUCCACCACCCCAACGUCAUCCAGCUCAUCGGAGUGAGCCUGCACCGGCGUCCCGGCCAGCGGCUGCCCAUCCCCAUGGUGGUCCUGCCCUUCAUGAAGCACGGAGACCUGCACACCUUCCUGCUGCUGUCCAGGCUGGGGGAGCAGCCGUUUGAGCUGUCUGUCCAGACUCUGGUCCAGUUCAUGUUGGACGUCGCUCGGGGAAUGGAGUAUCUGAGCAGCAAGAGCAUCAUCCACAGAGACCUGGCUGCUCGCAACUGCAUGCUGAAUGAGAACAUGACGGUGUGUGUUGCAGACUUCGGUCUCUCUAAGAAGAUCUACAGCGGUGAUUAUUACCGGCAGGGCUCCGUGUCCAAGCUGCCCGUCAAGUGGAUCGCCCUGGAGAGCCUGGCCGACAACGUGUACACCACGCAGAGCGACGUGUGGGCGUUCGGCGUGACGAUGUGGGAGAUCAUGGCGCGUGGACAGACUCCGUAUCCCGGCGUGGAAAACUCCGAGAUCUACGAAUACCUGAUCAAAGGAGAGCGUCUGAAACAGCCGGCGGACUGCAGAGACGACAUUUAUGAGAUCAUGCACAGCUGCUGGAGUCCCGUGCCCAAAUGUCGGCCGAGCUUCCAGCACCUGAUCGAGCAGCUGGAGGCGCUGUGGCUCAGCCUAAGCCCCGCCCCCACCAAGGAGCCGCUGCUCUACGUCAACCUGGAGGGCGAGGAGGAGGCGGACGAGGAGGUCGGGGCCUCCGGGGCGGGGGCCAGGGGCCUGGGUCUGGAGGCGGCGGCGAGCUGGGGCGUCCCGUGGCAGUGCGGCGGGACGGAGGACGAGGAGAAGGACUGGCUGAUGGUGGCGUCCGGCGCCGCGCUGGCCAUCGGGGGGGAUUACAGAUACAUCAUCGGGCCCUGCGCCGCCACCGAGGAGGAGGAGGAGGCGGCGGCGGCGGCGGCGGCGGCGGCGGCGGCGGGGGGAGGGAGGGGGAGGACGGAGUCGAUGGACACGUUACAGGAAGUGAGGGACGAGGAGGAGGAGGAGGAGGAGGAUGUCGUCAUUAAUGUGUGAGCUGUGAUUGGACCAGAGACCACUUCCUGUCCCUCCUCCACUUCCUGCUGGGCUCGCACAGACUACUUCCUGUCGGCUCUGCUCGCACCUGAGGCCACGCCCCCUCCCUCAUUUUAGACCAAUAAACUGCCUCCUCCGUCGACUGUGGGGUCCUCUCUAACUCUGAACCCCCUCCCUGCACACACAGCAGGUUUUAUUCUGGAUUAGGAUUACAGGCGGGCGCCGGGUCCCUCAUCUGACUGUCCCGUCCCCUUGAGCAGAGCGUUGUGUCUGAUGGGACCGGCGCGCCCCCCCGGCCCGGGACCGGGUCACUGAACAUGGCAGGACACGCGUCCCGUGUGCUCUAAACAUGUAAUCCUGUCGUUUAGUAGGAAUCUGGGAUGUUGUAGUGACACUCAGGGCUUCAGAUUAACACUUUAACCAGCAGCCGGACGCUGGCUCAUGUUUUGGUUGUGCCUUAUUUAAAAAAAAAAAAAACAUUCAGAGUCCCUGUAGCUGCUAGCUGAGCUCUGUGUGUCAUCACUUCCUAAAAGUCGCUGCGCUCGGUCCACUAA